AUAUUGUCACAAACACGGGAGUCUGGCGUUCAUUCUUCUUCCCUACUUCUCUCCAAAUUUCACCGCCAUCACCCGUGCGGCUGUGCAUAUGAUAUGAAAGCGAAACGCUCCUCGUCUUCUUCGCCCUUUUAGUUUUCCGUCUCCUUCUCUUGAAUCUCUGCCACCCACUUGCUGUUUCGUGAAGAGUCUUCAAAGAGAGAAUUUUGGGUUAAAGAUUGAUUUGUUACGGCUGUCUUUCUGUGCAAUUUCUCAUAAGUAUUGAUUUCCGUGCAAUUUGUUACUGUCGACUCGGCCCGAAUCUUCAGAGUCUAAAUGAGUUUCCACCGAUUCUACCGUCUCCGGAAUAUUGCGGACCUGUCGCGGAACGGAAGCUGAAAUUCUCGCGACGACUCGGCGGGGCCGACUGGGACAGGGACUCGGCCGAAUCUUUGAACCAAUGAAUCUUUGGAUUAUCAGACUUUUUAGAGAAUCAAAAGAGAUUGCACUUUAAGUCUUUCCGUCGUAUCAUUCAUCUGAUAUCAAGUCUCUCUGAAUGUGUUAAUUGAAGUAUCUAUGUUCUCCUUAUGGUUACUCUUCUAUUACUACCACAUAUGUUGCCGGUGAAAUAUCAUGUUUCUUCCUUUAGGUUUUCAUGGUUUUGAUUUCUCAAUUUGUUUUAUUUGAAAUUGGUUUUAUCUUUUCUAUGUGCUGGCAUGAUUUAUGGAGAUAGUAGCCCAUAUUUUAGUAGCUUCAUUUGUAUUCAGAAACUAGCGAUUGGAUUACACAAAAAUCUUUCAGCUUAUUUUUAUAGGGUUCUAGCUCACAGAACAUUGCAAAUUGCAAAAUUUGCAAGAUUAUCGAAACUAAUCUUUAUAUGCCAAUUGGCUUCUUUUAAUAGUAUUGCCAAGAAUAUCCACAAGGAAGUAGAUUUCUCUUUCUGUGUAGUAUUAGAGCUAAGUGUGAUAAUUUUGUACUGCAGAACAAUUUUAGCUUAGCUGUCAGAUGCAACAGAGAAGCAUGGCAAGACAGUUAACUCAGAAGCAGUUGAUUCCGCAAGAUGAGAAUUUACAUUUUCUAAGGAAAGGGUCUGUUAAGGGUAAAUCAACUGGCUUCAAACUGGAAAAAAAGAAAAUUGGUACAGGGUUUGGGAAUCGUAAAGCCCUCGGUGACAUUACAAACAAGUCAUCUGUUCACCAUGAAGCAUCAUUGAAGAGAAAAAGUACACCAAAAGAAGAGCCUAACAUGUCAGAGGAGAUGUUUCUGCAUGAUCAUAACAAGUGCAUUGAAUCACAGAAGGCAGCCAUGAGAGCAUCUUUCUGGGACACGCUGUUGCCUGGAUGUGUUCCCCUCGAAAUUCAGAAGAUGAAAUCUGCAAAGAGUGAAAUUGAUACAGACAGUGAAUGCUUUCAUCCAGAACCAGUAGAGAUCCCCAUGUCUGAUUACUCUGAUCUUUUUCAGAGUUCAACAUUUCCAUCCUUGCCUACUCAAAUAUGGUUGGACUCUCCACCCUCGUCUCCAUCUGAAUGGGAUCUCGGGCCAGUGGAAUUCAAGCUGAAAGAAGACAGUAGUGAUCCUUAAAUCUAGAGCAUGUUCAUGAUACUGUUCUCAAUUUCUCUAUCAGAAAGCAUCUUCUAGUGGGUAGAAUCAGAGAACUUUCUAUCUUCCUGUUCUUAGAUUCUAGGAAGCAGGUUUAUUUACAGCAGAUGAUGAAGGUCGAGCUGAAUGUGAACCAAUAUUGAAGUCGAAUUUUGAUUAGCAUGACGAUAGAAAGUUCAUUCAGGAUUCACACUUUUCAUUCUUUGUUUACGUUAGAGAAAAAUAGGUAAUGCUAUUGCUUCAAUGAAAAAUCUGUCAUGAUUUCACCGUC